GAGGCGGGACCUCUCUCGGACGUGUGGCGCCGAUUCGUCAGUCUUCAUUCCGCAACGUGCUGUGAUUGACAGACCCCGAUGUCCGGGGAGAGGUGCAGAAGGGAAGGUCGAGGAUGGCGAGUGUUGAUCUGUGGAGGCCUCCUCGGAUGUGUGAUGAUUAUUGGAGUGAAUGGAAGCAUUGUCGGAGUCUGAGGAAUCGCUUCCAUCAUUACUACACCUAUGGAGAGGUCCCCUCAUGUAAGCAGUGGAAAACAGAUUACAAAAAUUGCAGGGAAUGGGAAAAAUAUAAGUCUGGAGAAACUAAGGAAGCUUUACGCAAUAGUGAGAAGAAAAGGUUAGAAGAACAAAAGAGGGAUCCAAUCUGGGAGAUGAGGAAGAAUCCACCAGCUGAAUGGCAUCUUCCCCUGUAUGAUGGAAAAGAGAAAUAAUGGAAAUUACCUGCUCCUGGAGUUAAACUAUCAUAUUGUGGGAUAACUGUCCACAACGUUUGUUAUGAUGAUUCUUUAUAAAAUUGGAUUUAGGCUAAUCCAUCACAAAACAUCUUAAGUUCUUAAUAGCAUCUGAAAAUCUGGAUUCACUUUUGGAUUUGGUGCAACCUCAAUCUUGAAUCAAACUGAUAUGCGAUUGCUAUGUGCAGGAAGUGGUUUUAAGGUAAUUUUGCCUUCAGAUCCGUAUUCUAUAAUGAAAAACUCAGCCUACUCAUUUAUCUGAG